AUGCCAAGCCAUUCAACUGAUUCUGACUUGGAUCAGCAUUCACAAUUUUGGGAGAGAAGAAUUGAGGAAGCAUUAAAUAACUUUUCAUCUUAUAGGGAUUCAAAAAUUGCUAAAAGAUCAUCAGAAAAAGUAUUUAAAGAAUUAGGAGAAGCUUGGGGAGAGUAUGAUCGUUCUCAGUUUUUAAAAAACAAAGCAAUGAUAAUGUCAAAACAAGCAAAAUUAAAAGUUCUAUACAAAGAGAAGAAGGAAAAUGAGAAGAAAAAAGAAGGCCUCGUCAUUAUUAAUGCGAGAUAUGGAGUUUUUGAUAAGAAGCAUAGAGCUAUUGUCGAUGUUACUACUCCAUUACAAUGUUUUGUGAACGAUGCUUCAUCUACAAUUUCUUUCAAGAAAGGUCCAUUCGAAUCCUUGCCAGGCUUUGGAAACGUCACAGAAGGGAUGUCAUUUCCCUUAGGUGCGAACUUGAAGAAAGAAUUACAAGUAAUUUAUCGAACGAACGGAUCUCUUAGAAUGAAAACGUUUAUUGAGGAGGAAGGAAAUGAAGUAGAAUUGCCCUAA